ACCACAAUUUGGAAAUAUUAGAACUACAGAUUUGAAAAUUACUGCUACAUAUCUGUAACAAUUCUCAUUGCCAUUUUGCUUCCCUUUGUAACAAUUCCCUUUGUAACAAUCUUCAUCUUCAUCACCGCUUAAUGAAGAGACAAGAGAGACGAUAAGGGUGGAGAUCCAAGUUGUCAAGGGGUGGAGAUCCAGCCACCAAUGUAGAGAGACGCCGGCGACAUCGGCAUUGCUGAGGUAGAAUCAACCUCACUGCGUAAUCGACAUCGCUAUGGCGCCACGCCGGCAAGGUAGAGAGACGAGAAUGGGCUUGCUCGCUAUCGGCGGAAUGAACAUCGUUGCAGCGCCCUGUUCAUCCAAAGAUGCUACGGAUCGGGAAAUCGCCGGAAUCGACAAAGCAAGAAUACGAAAGCGAGAAUCGAAAGACACAAACACACGAUUUACGUGGUUCACUAACACGAUGUGUGUUAGCUAGUCCACGGGCGAGAGAGAGCCAGUUUCACUAUAUUGAGUAGAUUACAGAUUACAGAGGAGUAUGAGAAGUAUUUAUAGUACUUCUCCAUGUGGGUCUAAACCUAAUCCAAUCUGCCAAAGGAAACGGUUUACAGACCAGGCCCAGAACCCGAACCCAAAUAACAUUGAGCCCAUACACCCCGAUUACAAGUCGUAGCGGCUGAUAGUCCGAUUCAAGUCAUAUCAACAGAUGGCGAGACCGAGGCUGGCACGGGCUAGGUAGAAGGAGGUGUAGGGAACAAAACAUAUUGAUAACCCCAUAAACCCACAACUCUCCUAAUCCUCGUCAUUUACAUGAGUAGCUCUUGGAAUUGAGCACUUCACUCCCUACGCGCAGUGUAGGACCGAACUUCGUGGGUAUUUCGCAAGCCAGGCCCAGCCCCUCUCUGUACGGCACAGUACGCAUCACCGGUUUUCAGUGCUGAUAUAUUGACUUCGGAAUCCGGAUCUCUGAGGCGUAUAAUUCAGAACACAAAAAAGAGUGGAACAAUCCAAAUCUCGCCUUCACGCCGUCUUGUCCUAUUUCUUUUAGGAGUGGGAACUCCAAACAGCGACGGAGUAAAGAAUGGGUUACCGCUUCCUUUUGGGUCUCGGAUAUCACUGACCGAUGAAGGCCCUCUAUAUAAAUAGGCAGAGGGAGGCCUCCUCUGUUCGUUACUUGGCCAGAAUACCAUUACCACCACCAUCUCAGUCGAUCUCUAGCAACUUUAUACGAUGAGUGGUAAUGCGACGAUGAUCUCCCGGGACGAACCAAAUUGGUCGGAUUUGUCCGGUGAGAUUUUGCAUUUGAUUAGCAAUCGCGUAACUAAAAUGAAGGAUUUCAUCCGACUCCAAGCGGUUUGCAACCCCUGGCGCCGAGCUUUGGCUCAGUCAAGGUUCUCCCAAUCCAUCCCUUGGUUGAUGCUUCCUUACUGCCGUAACAGUAUCGUCAACAACGACACUUGUGCUGCCGCGGUUGGCUGUAAAAACACCGAAUAUUGCAGGUGUCUCUAUGAUCUCGAGGAGAAAAGGUUUCAACAUAUUGAGCUACCCCAGGGUUUGAACAAGACUGGUCGUGGCUCUGCAUUUGGGUGGCUGUUUAUGAUGGAGAGCUCCCCAUCGUUGGUGUUGCUCAACCCUUUUACCAAGUGUCAAAUCCCUCUACCUCCAGCUACGGGUUUUCCUAAUGUGUUGGAGUUUCGGUCUGAGAGUGUGGGGAGAGAAUACUUGCAUCUAGAUUUUGAAGGUUUGCAAGUAACGUGGGGGAAGAAGGAAUUUGAGUCUAACUACAUAGAUAGGGUUUGCCUUUCGGCUGAGCCGACCUCAGAGGACAGUGUUGUGAUGGUCAUCCCCUCCCUUGUCGGUACACUGGUGUUUUGCAAGGUUAAUGGUGAUCAGAAAUGGACGUUGAUUCCCGGAGGGAAUGAUGUUGAUCUACCCAAACAGAUUCAUUUUCUGGAUGUUGUGUUUUGGAGAGGUCAAUUCUAUGCCCUUUCUCAAGAUGAGAAAGUUUAUGUUUGUGAUCUUUCCCUCCCACAUUGUCCAACGUUGUCGUUGUUUCUUGACGGGCAUAAACUUCUGGAUGUUAAAGGUAGCAAGUACUACUUAUUAACCAGCUCAAACCACAACGAGUUGAUGAUGGUGAAUAGGUAUGUGAGGGACCCAGACGACAAGGACGAUGACGAUGAUGACAAUGACAAUAAUGAUGACGAUGAGUGGACAGAUGAUGAUGACUAUGACGAUGAUGAUUAUGAUGAGGAUGUGUCUGAACUUGAUCCCCACGAUGAAGUCCACCAUUCUAAUAUUGAUAAUGAGUCGGAUGAUGAUGAUCAGUUGGCCACCGAUGGUAGGCGGCAACAACGGGAGUAUGUUAGGGAGAGUCAAUUGUUGACUUGUGAAUUCAAAGUUUUUGUGGCGAAGGAGGAUAAGAAGGGAUGGGAUGAAGUUGAUAGCAUCGGCAAUUUUGCUCUCUUUUUGGGGUCCAACACCGCUACUUGGAUUUCCAUCACAGAACACCCUGAACUUGCUUCCAACUCCAUUUAUUUCACCGAUGAUAAGAUAGAAGUCGAUUGUGAGCGAAAGCAUGCGGGUGCUGACAUGGGCGUUUAUAACCUCACUACUCGUACCAUUAACCGAUUCUACUCUACUCCCUCAGUCCAUAAGAACCCUUCACUCAUUUUGCCACUACCUUUAUGGAUCUCACCUUCCAACUAUUGAAACCCCACCUAGCCAACAGCUACGAAGGAGAAAGUCAUCGAUUAUUUGUGUUAAUUGUUUCGUUCGCUCCCUCUUGGAGUUGUCUGUCUACUUUCUUCAAAUACAUAUUUCAGAUAAUGGUGUAUUUAAUGAAUUAUUUGAUUGAUU